UGUAUGAGUAGAGUGGGCUCAUAUUCAACCCAUUAUAAUUUGAUUUGGCCCAAAUCCUUAUUACCCAAACCCGUAAAAAAUUAGGGUUUCUUUAUAUCUCAUUCUCCUCUUUCAUUUUCUGCUUCUUCACUGCCGAAAACCUUGCACACACUCUUAAGGGUUUAGGUUAAUCUCAGAAGCUGAAAAUGGUUGAGAAGGGUGCAGCAGGUAGGAAAGAAGAGGUGGUUACACGGGAGUAUACCAUCAAUCUCCACAAGCGUCUCCAUGGCUGCACCUUCAAGAAGAAGGCACCAAAAGCCAUCAAGGAGAUCAGAAAGUUUGCUCAAAAAGCCAUGGGCACUAACGAUGUUAGAGUUGACGUUAAGUUGAACAAGGCUAUCUGGAGCCAGGGAAUCAGAAGUGUACCAAGGAGGAUCAGGGUACGCAUUGCUCGCAAGAGGAAUGACGACGAAGAUGCCAAGGAAGAGUUAUACUCCCUUGUCACCGUCGUUGAAAUUCCUAAAGAAGAGUUAAAAGGUUUGGGCACCAAGGUCAUCGAUGAUGAAGAUUAAGUUAUCAUAUAUCUGUUUUGAAUUGAAGCCCGAAAAACAUAUAUUAGUCUUUUUGCUUUCUUGAAUUGAGUCUUGUCAUUAGAUUGUUAAACUAGUAAAUUUUGUUGAGACUUGGGGUGGUUUUGUUUAUCACCUAUUUUUGUCUUUCUGUUAACAUGGUUGGUAUAAGAAUUAUUCAUUUUGGCCUCAUUUUGUCUAA